UUUCCAUUGUUAAUUCUCCCAGUACCACAUUAAAAACUUGCAAUUAUUUUGAAAACCUGUGUCCUUGCACUACUUUGAACUGCCCUGCUGAUAACCAGCCUCUCAUGGUAUCACAUAUGGUGGAGGACGCGGGCAGUUCAAACAUUCAUAGUGCAUAUUUGAGAGGACACAGUAUUUUUUUUCCACUUUUUGACAAUUGACCAAGCUCACCACGCAACGAAAUGGAGGACAUUUUGAGAGCCAUUAUUGCAGGCCAACAGGCCCAAAUUCAAGCAAGCGCGGCACUGCUAGAGGAGCAGAAGAAAGCCAAUAUCCUAAAGGCAGAGGAAAUAAAGCUCCAAAAGCAAAUGGCUAACUGUAAUAUGCCCCAGGUUAAGGCCAGUGAUUUCCUAUCCAAGAUGGGACCUACUGAUGAUGUGGAGGCCUACUUACAUACAUUUGAAGCCACAGCUACCAGAGAGGCAUGGCCCAAAGCACAGUGGGUAGGACUGUUAGCCCCCUUUUUAACCGGAGAAGCAUUAAAUGCAGUCCGAGACCUUCCUCCAGAUAAGGUGACGGACUAUGAUGUCCUAAAAACUGAAAUACUUAGCAGACACGGGCUCACCAAAUUUAGUAUGGCCCAGCGGUUCCACAGCUGGACGUUCAAUCCUGACCAGCCCCCUCGUGCGCAGAUGCAUGAGCUGGCCCGGAUUGCAAGAAAAUGGCUAGAGCCAGAAAAAAAUACAGCUGCAGCGGUAGUUGAAGCUAUUGUUGUGGACAAUUACCUACGAGCCCUGCCAUAUGAGGCAAAACGCCUCAUAAGUCAACUGGCCCUGACCACAGCCGAACUCACAGUAGAGGCGGUGGAAAAGCACCAGGCCACAACCGAAAUGCUCCGUACCUCCAGGAAAGACUCCAGGGCUGCACCCCCGCAGCAGACUGGUGGAAACCGGCCCAAACGCCCAAGGACCUUCAAUGCAGCUGCCACAGAACCUAGCCAUACUCCAGGUGGAGCCAGAAGCCAGUCUGGAUUAGGAAGAGGCCGGCAAGAUGGUGAAAUCCUGCGGUGCUACCGAUGUGGUGAGGUGGGGCACUUCUCCUGGCAGUGCACGAAACCCUUGGAUGAACCCAUGCCGACGGCACCCUCCUCUCACUCAUCUGCCCACCUAUUCGCAUCACUUGUCGGGUACACAGAUGGCACUCCAGAUAAGCCCCCAAUCUGCCCAGUAACAGUGAAUCAUCAUGACGUGGAAGCCCUGCUGGAUUCAGGUAGCCGCAUUACACUGAUACGUAAAGACUUGGUAGAUCCCUCAUGUCUCGCUACUGCCGGUGUACUUCCAGUGUCAUGUGUCCAUGGAGAGACCCGAGAGUACCCCACCACUGACCUUGCAGUGACCACUACCCGCGGAACCAUACAUAUAACGGCAGGUGUUGUCGAGUCCCUACCCGUGCCUGUCCUAAUAGGCCGGGACUGCCCAGCCUUUCUCUCACUCUGGAGAGAGACACAGGAGAGGCUAACUCGGGUUCCUCGGAGGAAGAGAGGUAAGACCCCUCCAAUGGACACACCAGUGCAACACUUAGAACCCCUCAUGCAUUCUUCUGCCCUCGCAGGAAUGGCAGACCCACAUGUAGACACUGAGCCAGGCACGGACACCGGAGAGGAAAACUUGAUCCUGCAGAGUGCACCGAGCCCCAACGACGAAGAAGUCCAAGGCACCGAAGAGCUUCCCCCGCUCACAGGCCAGUAUGGCAUGGCCCAAUUGCAGGAUCCUACUCUUGCAAAUGCGCUACGAAAUGUGCAGAUGUUAGAAGGGACAGUGCUAGGGAAUAGGACAAAUGCUACCUUCCCCCAUUUUGCGGUUCACCGCGGCCUACUGUAUCAAAUGGUGGAAGAGAAUAAUGAAGUCAAUGAGCAGCUUCUUGUGCCCCAGCCAUAUCGUGACACAGUGCUCAACCUAGCCCACACCCAUCCACUUGGGGCCCACUUAGGAGUGGAGAAAACAAAGGAGAGGAUCUUGAAACGGUUCUAUUGGCCCGGGAUACACAAGGAGAUAGAGAACUAUUGUCGCAGUUGCCCUGAAUGUCAGCUAAGGGCCCCCAAACCCUCAUAUAGAAGUCCACUCAUUCCCUUGCCAGUCAUUGAAACACCUUUCGAAAGAAUUGGGCUAGAUAUAGUGGGCCCUUUACCAAGGAGUUCCAGAGGGCACCAGUACAUCCUUGUCAUACUGGAUUAUGCAACCCGAUACCCGGAGGCCAUUCCACUGAGGAAGGCUACCUCCAAACAAAUAGCAAAAGAGCUGUUCUUGCUCUCCACUAGCCUGGGCCUCCCAAAGGAGAUCCUAACAGACCAAGGGAGCCCAUUCAUGUCCAGAGUGAUGAAGGAGCUCUGCACUCUGUUGAAAAUCAAACAGCUGAGAACAUCGGUCUACCACCCCCAGACCGAUGGCCUAGUUGAGCGCUUUAACAAGACAUUGAAAGCCAUGCUGCGGAAGGCAAUCGAAGAGGAUGGGCGAAACUGGGAUCAGCUGAUACCCUACCUAAUGUUCGCCAUAAGAGAGGUACCCCAGUCUUCUACAGGCUUUUCUCCGUUUGAGCUUCUGCUUUCCUACAGACCCAGAGGGCUGCUGGAUAUUGCCAAGGAGGCUUGGGAGGAGCAACCCUGCAGACAGAGAACCUUAAUAGAGCAUGUUGGGGCGAUGAAAGAAAGGAUGAAGGCCAUCUACCCUAUUGUACGUGAGCAUAUGGAAAACGCUCAACGUCAACAGCAAGCUGCCUAUAACCGACCAGCCCAACCCAGAGAGUUCAAGCCUGGAGACCGAGUGCUGGUUCUGGUACCAACAGUGGAGUGCAAAUUCUUGGCAACCUGGCAAGGUCCAUAUGAGGUCAUCGAAAAGGUUGGACCGGUCAACUACAAGGUGAGACAACCAGGCAAAAGAAAACCUGAACAAAUAUAUCAUGUCAAUCUACUAAAAAAGUGGCAUGCCAGAGAGGCGCUGUUUAGUUGUCUGCCCCCUACAGAAUCUAUGGAACCAGCCAGAGAAGAGGUUCAAGUGGGUCCAAGCCUAUCCCCACAUCAACGGCAGAUGACCCUGGAGCUAGUGGAUCGUAACCGGGACGUCUUCUCCUCCCUCCCUGGACACACAGAGGUGGUCCAACAUGACAUCCGAACCAUACCUGGUCGGACGGUAACUCAGCGACCCUACCGUGUCCCAGAGGCUCGGAAAGCAAUCAUCGAGGAGGAGGUAAAGAAAAUGCUGGAGUUGGGGGUCAUUGAGGAAUCAAAAAGCGCAUGGGCAAGUCCCAUUGUACUGGUACCCAAGCCUGACGGGUCGGUGAGAUUUUGCAACGAUUACAGAAAAUUGAAUGAAGUAUCUGAGUUUGAUGCAUACCCAAUGGCUCGUGUUGAUGACAUGGUGGAUGCUUUAGGACAGGCUCGCUUCCUAACAACUCUUGACCUUACAAAAGGCUACUGGCAGGUUCCUCUGACCACGGCGGCCAAAGAGAAGACUGCCUUCGCCACCCCAGGGGGGCUCUACCAGUACACCCGACUCCCCUUUGGUCUCCAUGGGGCACCAGCCACUUUCCAGCGAUUGAUGGAUCGUGUCCUCGCUCCACAUAAGAGGUAUGCAGCAGCAUUUUUAGAUGAUGUUGUUAUCCAGAGUCCUGAUUGGGAUAGCCACUUACCCCGUGUGCAAGCUGUGCUCAAUUCCCUCAGGGAGGCUGGUCUCACGGCGAACCCAAAGAAGUGUCGGCUAGCCUUCAGCGAGACCAACUACCUGGGGUACACCAUUGGCCGGGGGCUGGUCAAGCCCCAGGAAGCCAAACUGCGGGCCAUACAGGAUUGGCCACGGCCCAUCACCAAGAAGCAGGUGAGAGCAUUCUUGGGCCUAGCCGGCUAUUAUAGACGAUUCAUUUCCAAUUUUGCUUCUAUAGCUGCUCCCCUCACAGAGUUGACUACCAAGCGCCACUCGAGAAUGGUGGGGUGGAACCCUGCGGCGGAGGCAGCCUUCAUCGGCUUGAAGGAAGCCCUGUGUUCCAGUCCAGUCCUGGUGGCGCCCGAUUUCAAGCGAGAAUUCAUUGUCCAGACGGAUGCUUCGGAGGUGGGUCUGGGAGCUGUACUUGCCCAAGUGCACCGAGAGCUGGCAAGAGCCACGGCAACGCUGAUGGCCUCUCCCGCCGAGAUGCUCUCUUCGCGUCCUUCAGCCCGACGAGGACGUCGAUCCCGAGGGGGGGGAUGUGUGACAUCACGAGAGGCUGUGUGCUGGAGGGGCGCUACAUUCCCUCAAGAUGGCUGCAAACACUGCCCUCUAUGGCUCCAUCUGGUGGCGGAACCGGGAACUGCACUCCUUAACAGCACCACAGCUGCAGUCACCGAUUAGGCCACAGCUGUGCCUGAUGAGGGCUUGAGCAGCUGAGGAGCUAGAGAGAGCGAGUAUCGUACUCAGAAUCAGUCUGGAGUUUGGGGAGCUCCUGGCUGCACUCUCUCAGAGGAGAGCAUUGUUUGAAGAGUGCUUCAUCUGUUCUGGACUUGCAGAAAAUACUUACCUGGAGAGGAAAAUACUUACCUGGAGAGCCUUGGAAGGAAUACUUACUUGAAGACCAUUACCCAAAGACGAAACGUGUGAGUGACUGUUUGCUGAAACUCAUGUGAAGAGGACUUUCUGUUGAAGAGUCACCUGAUUAUGAAAAGACUUUUUAGUUCCCUUUUUAGAGCCACGGGCCUUGAUUUAUGUUGAAGUUUAAUAAGAAGACCAUCUUAGUUGAACGUUUGCCUCUGAGACCCCCCCCCUUUCCAUUGUUAAUUCUCCCAGUACCACAUUAAAAACUUGCAAUUAUUUUGAAAACCUGUGUCCUUGCACUACUUUGAACUGCCCUGCUGAU